CCCGACCAGUCGCUCGUCCGCUCACCUGGCCACUGUCUUUCAAUAUCGCGGAUUUCUUCCCCUUUGGUGCUUGUCCUGCGCCAUCAUCGAAGACCACACUGUCGCUGCCUACCUGUGUCGAUUGCCAGAACGGCGAGCUUCACCUCGGUCCCGUGAGCCUCAACAGUGCUAGCUAAUACCCGCUUCAUGGACUCCAGCAUUUCGACGGCAGAAACCCAGCAGUCUUACCCGUUCCCUUUGAUACCUGCUUGGAAAAACACAGCAGCGUCUCUGUCGACGACAUCAUCGGCCACUGCACCUGUGGCAGCGACCGGAACAAAGGACGCUUCUGCCACCAGACCCACCUCGAAUACCUCCACUUCCUCGACCACCACCUCCACCACAUUUCCGAAGGCGAAUUCUACAGUCACAUCCACCGGCUCAAUUCCGAACUCGUACUCCUACCACGCAUCUCGAAGCCAUAAUCUGGACGGUUCGCUUGAGCUCGCCGCGCAUUCUACCAGUCUCGCGCCCGCGCCGGCUUAUGCUCAGACCUUGAUCCCCUACUACUGGCUGCCGCAUCAGUUCCACCUCCACCACGCCCAAGUCGCGAAUUACAACAAGCUCGUGUCGCCUACGAGAGGGGGUGGCCUUCAGAACUCGCCACUGCCGCCUGUGCUGUCGGCUUCAAACGCUCAGGCAGCGACACGGUCGCGCUCGUCAAGCAAGGUGUCUCUCAAGGAUCAUUCGUGGACAAAGGGGGCUGUAGCUGGAGGCCAUGGGAGCCGACCGCAUACACACUCGGACAAGAACAGAUCCGUCAUAGUAUCUAACAAGGACGCCUCGUCUAAUGCCAGCAUGCCUCGACAUACGCAACUCAAGGACAAGGCCACUGACGCUGGUAGCCGAUCGACAACGUCCUCUGCGCCGCUACAUUCCCAAAGUGCUCCGUACUCGAGCUCGGUGCCGUCCACUCCCCAUCAGCGAGCCCGGCAAUUCUCCGUCGAGUCACGAGAGCCUUCGCCUAGUGAGCAUUUUGGCGGUAACCAUUCUCCACGAUCGGUUUACUCCGAGACAAACGGCAAUGUUCCUUCCCUGAAGCCUCUCCCGCCGCCAAGGUCGGACGCAAGAGGUUGUCCAUACGAAACGUCGCAAAUGAUUCAACGACGUCGGUUCCCGUACGACGACGGUGGCAAAUACAGUGUCGAACCUAUACCGUUGGGCAGCGUGAAAGGGAGAUUGACAGAGGAGGAAGAGCGCAGUCUGGCCAAAGACAUGCGCGAGCUCUACGAAACCCGCUUAUUACCAAGCGAGAGAGUCGAAAAGAACCGUCAGAAACUGCUGCGCAAAUUGGAGAAAAUCUUCAACGAUGAAUGGCCGGGACACGAUAUCAAGGCGCAUCUCUUUGGGUCCUCUGGAAACCUGUUAUGCUCGGAUGAUUCAGAUGUGGAUGUGUGCAUCACCACCGACUGGAAAGAGAUGGAGAAUGUCUGCAGGAUAGCAGCACUGUUGGAUCGGCACGGCAUGGAAAAGGUCGUCUGCAUCUCUGGCGCUAAGGUGCCCAUUGUCAAGAUCUGGGAUCCAGAAUUGUGCCUUGCCUGUGACAUGAACGUCAACAACACUGCCGCCCUCGAGAACACUCGAAUGGUGCGAAUAUAUGCCGAAAUCGACCCCAGAGUGCGACAAUUGAUGAUGAUCAUCAAGUACUGGACACGCAAGAGGAUAAUCAAUGACGCAGGGCUGGGGGGUACACUCAGUUCCUACACGUGGAUAUGUCUUAUCAUUGGCUUCCUGCAGCUACGGACGCCCUCGGUCUUGCCGACUCUUCACGCGCUGCCCUUCAAAGUGUCAAGACCUGGUGCCGAGCCAAGUAGUUUUGCGGACAACCUGAAGCGACUCAAGGGGCUCGGCAACGACAACAAGUCCUCCGUGGCGGAUCUUCUGUUCCAAUUCUUCCGGUUCUAUGCACACGAGUUCGACUACGAAAAGUAUGUUUUGUCGAUACGGUUGGGUAGAGUGAUUCCGAAAUCAGACAAAAGAUGGCGAGGUGGAGGUAAUAAUUGGCUCUGCGUGGAGGAACCGUUCAAUACAGAGCGGAACUUGGCCAACACUGCGGACGAAUACACCUUCAGAGGACUGCGGUGGGAGCUGAGGCGGGCUUUCGACCUGAUAUCUGAUGCUAAGCUUCACGAAGCAUGCGAGCAAUUCGUGUAUCCCAAAGAGGAGCGGAUUGAGAGGCCGCGCCAGGCUCCUGCGCCACGACCGGUCCCGUUGCGAAGCGCGUCCCAGUCGAAUACCAGCUCCAACGCCCGCGGUGGUCGUGGCGGCAAUAGAGGAGGUCGGCACAACAACCACCGAGGCAACGCUGGUAGUUCUCAGUCUAACAGACGGUCAUCCUCCAGCCAGCCAGCUUACGACCACGCGAGCAGCAUGUACCCGGCGAUCCUCAACACGCAGCAGGAUCUGUCAUGGUACACGAACCCGCAGUAUGCCCAUUAUCCGUAUCCACAUGAUUACAUGGCUUUGUAUCAGUCCCACCAUAUGCAACAGCUGUACGCGCAGCAGGCCUACAGCCAUCAACAGCAGCAGCACCAGGGAAUGGCGCAGCAGAUGAUGGCAACCGCUUCAAGUCCUGGGCAGUCGGCCUCGUCGGACAGGUCGCGCACCAAUUCCUUUGACAACCAGCCGCAACCGCUGCCGCAACCACAACCGCUACAGGCUGCAAUGCGGCCAGAUUUGUACCAGUUGUAUGGGAUGUCCUUGGCGCCAGCGCUGUUUACCCAGGGAGGAUACGCCUUCUCGCAGCCGCCUGCAAGCACCAACGGUGUUGCGCAUUCGCAGCAAGACUAUCGGCGAUCCAUGCAGAGGUCAGCGCUCAACGGCGAGAAGGGCGCAGCCGCUUCAAGCAGCACGCUUAGAUCGCAGUCUCAACCGGCGGCCCGCUCACCAUCAACAUCGCACCCCGCUAUCAACGUUCAGGCAUUAGCUGGUUCCAUGCCGACGAGCCACUCGGUGAACAGCGCGAGUAUGGCGCAAGCGAACGGCGGACUGCCUGACGUUGCAUCAACUCCCGACGAGGUCGACUUUGACGAAACUCCAAAAGCGAUCGCCAUCACUCCGCGAACUGAUGAGGACCAACGAGCAACAUACUUCUCGGAAAGUCCACACUCGAUGCAGCCUACCGCCGAAGCACCCAGUGCUCCUCUUUCCAGUGACGCCAACGGGACUUCCAAUAAACGACGCCCUUCUGGAGACCUCCCUCAAACCAUCCUUGACCGAAGGAUGAAGCGAACUUCCCGGUCGCCAUCCCCUGCGCCUCCUCGGGACUAUGUGACCCAAGGUCCAGCCAGUUCGCAGCCGUCUCCCAGCAAGCGGGUUAAUGACCCUUCCCGGCCUCUGGUGGUGAACGGUUCAGGUCCUAAGGCUAGCCUGUCCGCCGCCUCACGCUCUUCUUACGGUGAGCAGCAGGCCAUGUACCAACCAUAUGGUUUGCCGCACCUGCAACCAACCCCGUAUCAGCCCAUGAACGGAUCCGUUGCGGCACUCCCCGGCAAUCCUCCGAUUAUGGUGAAUGGGAUGCAGUCGACAACCAACCAUCUUGCGACAGAAGACCCGUCGUUUCGCGAGCGCAUUGCCAUGAUGAGCACUCAAUACAUGAACCCACAGUACCUGAGCCAGGAAACGCCGCCGGUGGGCAAUGGAGGAUUGUCGGCUGCGGCGCGACAGCAACUCAUGAAUCAGGGACCACAGAAUGCGGUCAUUGCUCCUCUCGAUCUGGCCAUCUCAGGCAUCUCUGGAGAGAUGGAAAACUCGCUCCUUUCGCCUGUUUAUGAGAGCAGCGCACAGACACCCCCUGUGGCCAAGCCGGCUGAGAGCAGCAGGGCUGCCAAAGCGGCACCUUGGACAGGCGCGGUGAAGCAGCAUCUAAAGCUUGAUCAGCCUUUGCCUGAACUACCCAAGCCGUCUGCAAAGGCAGGCGGCAAGCCAACUGCGCAGGCGAAACCAAGUGGAUCACAUGGUGGUCACGUUCGUGGAGCCAAGAGCGAGAGUGACGGAGCAUGGCAGAAGGCUGGGAAGGGUAAGAAGAAGACUGCAGCUGCCGGGACCCAGCAUGGCUUUGCCGAGAGACCGCCCAAGGAUUCCUCUGAGCGCAAGGGUGGUUGAUUGUCGUUUUGAAUCUCGCUGGAAGGAGGCGCGCAGAUUCUACUCGAAUGGCAGCAAAGCUUCUUUGGAUACCGCACAGGCGAGCGUGCGCUUGGACAUGUCUCUGGUUAUACAGCCUGGGGGAAAGUAUGUACGAUUUGGUGCUGUCAGCGGGGCUCGCACCGGCACACA